CCUCAAAAUCACAGACGGAAAAAAAAAAUCUCCGGCUCUCCGGCGCAACUGCGGCGAGGUGCGGGCAGCCACUCCGAGCCGCGCAACGCAAUGGCCGCCGCGCCGGUGGCCUCCCCCUUCCCGGCGCCCCCUUCCUCCUCGCCGGUGCCGUCAACCGCAACCGCCAUCACGUACACCGCCGGGCGCCGUUGCCACGACGCCCUGCUCCCACCGCCAUCCGCCGCGGCCCGCGCCAGGGGAUACCCCUCGGCUGGCCCGGGGGAGAGGAGGCGGCGCGGAGAGGACGACGCUGAGGCCGAGGCCGAGGCGGAGAGGCGGCGGAAGGAGGAGGUGAACCGUAAGAUCGCCUCCCGGAAGGCGCUCUCCGUCAUCCUCCGCCGCGAGGCCACCAAGGCCGUCCUCGACAAGCGCAAGCCCGGGAAGGGCACCCGCCGCCUCCUCCCUCGCACCGUCCUCGAGGCCCUCCACGAGCGCAUCACCGCACUCCGCUGGGACUCCGCCCUCAAGGUGUUCGAGCUAAUGCGAGACCAGGUGUGGUACAGGCCAUACGUGGGCAUAUACGUCAAGCUGAUCACCAUGCUGGGCAAGUGCAAGCAGCCGGAGAAGGCGCACGAGCUCUUCCAGGCCAUGGUGGACGAAGGCUGCGCCCCGAACCUCGAGUCCUACACGGCCCUUGUCUCCGCGUACAGCAGGAGUGGCCGCUUCGACAGGGCCUUCUCCUUGCUCGAGCAGAUGAAGGCCAUCCCUCGCUGCCGGCCUGAUGUGCAGACCUACUCCAUUCUCAUCAAGUCCUGCUUGCACGCUUAUGAUUUUGAGCAGGUCAAGUAUUUGCUGGAAGAUAUGGCACGUGCGGGUAUCCGGCCCAAUGUUGUGACUUACAACACAUUAAUUGAUGCCUAUGGGAAAGCAGGAAGGUUUGCUGAGAUGGAAUCAACUCUUCUGGAGAUGCUGUCUGAAAAUUGCAAGCCUGAUGUAUGGACAAUGAAUUCUACCCUCAGGGCUUUCGGUGGCAGUGGUCAGAUUGAGACUAUGGAAAGCUGCUAUGAGAAGUUCCAGGCCUCCGGUAUCUCCCCAAACAUUAAGACUUACAAUAUUUUACUUGAUUCCUAUGGUAAAGCUAAAAUGUACGAGAAGAUGGGAGCUGUGAUGGAGUACAUGCAGAAGUAUUACUAUUCUUGGACAAUAGUCACAUACAACGUAGUUAUUGAUGCAUUUGGUAGGGCGGGGGACCUUGAACAGAUGGAAUAUAUUUUUAGAUUGAUGAAAUCUGAGCGUAUAAAGCCCAACUGUGUUACACUCUGUUCAUUGAUUAGAGCAUAUGGAAGGGCUGAGGAAGUUAAGAAAAUAAAGACAGUAUUGAGAAUUGUCGAGAAUUCUGACAUAACGUUGGAUAUUGUGUUCUUCAACUGUUUAGUGGACGCAUUUGGGAGGGUGGGGUGUUUGGCAGAGAUGUGGGAUGUUCUCGAUAUGAUGAAGUUACAACGGUGCAAACCAGACAAGGUAACCUGCACUACCAUGAUUAAAUGGUUUCUUAUCAAAGGAAUUGAUGAUCAUCGUGUUCAGUACCUACGGGACUUAAAAGAUGGGCGAUCUAAAGAUAAUAUAUAGGUAUUAACAGUAAGAAGAAAAUGAACUGAUAGUUUUUGUUCUCUCCAUGAUUUUUGAAGAAAGAUGGAACGACCUCUGACAGAACUUCAGUUUGCAGAUUGAUUCCAACAUGUAAUCAAUCUUAGCUUGCUCUUCAAUACCUUCUACGGUAACCUUAGUGUGCUUAUUCCAAGUUCCAAUAUGUAAUGUACACAACAAUGAUAGUUUGCAAGAGGCACUUACAGAGCUUGUCUUAUGAUCUUAACAUUAGAGCUACUUGAGCUUUACAUCAUCUAGCAAUGCUGCCGAUGGUUGUGGCAUCCCACAAAUUAAUUAUGCAUUGAAGUCCUGAGCAAGUUCUUGUAAUACAAGUAAACUGAACAGGAGAAUGAAGUAAUGAAGGCCUUGAUGAAUACUGAACCUUAGGUGUUGGUCACAUCAGUCAGAUUGUGCUUUGCUGUUGUGAUUUGAUGAUUGGAUCAUACAGCUGUACAUGAUAUGCCGUAUUGAUUUGUCGAAAGAUGGAGAGAAAUUUAAUUAGCUACGGAAUUACAUGUUAUAGACUUCUACCCAUUCUCCCUUUUGAUGAUUCUGG